UUUAACUUCAUUCUUUGUCUUCACUAAACCUUUGAAAUCGGCUCCUUACUUGUUUACAUAUUAGUAAGGAAAUAAAAUAAAAAGUAUAUACUUUGGAGGAAUCGUAUGCCACAUUGGAAGAGAAGACUUGAAAUGUAUAGCAAUCUCUGAUCGUAUAAAUCUAGUCGUCAGAAGAUUGAUCUUCGGAAUAUGGUAUAUUUUCUUUUGAUCGUUUUUUGACUACACAUCUAGAAUAAUGAGAGAGCAAUAACUCCAAUGCAUUACUUUAAUUAUAUUAUGAAAAAGAGAAGAUAGCCCUUCUAGCAUAAAGUAUUACUCAACAUCUACACUUGCUUUACUCAUUGAGUAGUCAGAGAUGAACCGCAGACUGGGAGAUCUAUUGAUAGUGCUAACUUCACUAGCUUUCCUUGUCCACCAUACUCUACAAAUCAACAGUGAAAGGAUUUAUGGAAUACGACGAAGAAGAAGAAAAAAUCUUAAAGCAGGUGCUAAGCGCUUUCGUUUUAUAUCGGAAAUAUGGUCAUACCUUAAUUCAACAGAAACGAAAGUUGAUGUCUCAACUUUCUUUUGAGCAUAAAGAUUUACUAUUACAAGAUAGUGAAAAUAACUUUUUAAAGCAUCUGUCUAGACUAGAUGAGUGUGUGAAGCGAAAUAGUGUCGUUGCAGAAGCAAUUGUCCAAGCAGGAAUACCCGUGUUUUAUCCAAGCUUUGAUGUAAAUAAUCUCCCCCAUGUCUCAAGUGAGAUGAUGCAAAAAGUUUGCAGUACUUUAAAACAACUUGCUCGUGAUUGGAGUGAAGAAUCAGUGAACGAAAGACAGGUAACGUAUGUACCAAUUCUUCGGGAGCUGGAUUCUCUCUUUCCAGCACGAUUGACGGAUCGUUCGCAAAUUCGAAUUUUAGUUCCCGGGUCUGGUUUAGGGCGCUUAGCAUUUGAUAUUGCCGCUCAAGGAUUUUCUUGUCAGGGAAAUGAAUUUUCUUAUUUCAUGUUACUAACUUCACACUAUAUGCUAAACUGCGUAUCUACUGUCAAUGAGUUUACCAUUCAUCCCUAUAUACAUUCUUUUUCCAACCAUGUUACAAGAGAUAAUCAAGCAGCAGAAGUGGCCAUCCCCGACGUGGUACCUGCCGAGUACCUUAAUCAAGGGGCCUUCUUUUCGAUGGCUGCUGGUGAUUUUAUAGAAGUAUACGGAGACAAGUCUAGUGAGAAUCAAUUCCACGUUGUCGUCACCUGUUUCUUCAUUGAUACCGCAAAAAAUGUCUUAAACUACUUGGACGUAAUAAAGAAUACUUUGGCAGAUGGAGGUUACUGGAUUAACGUUGGCCCCCUACUCUAUCAUUUCGAAAACGACUGCGAAUCUCAGAAUGAAAAUCCAACCAUUGAAUUAACAUUGGAUCAACUCUUACAUGUGAUGGAUUCUAUGGGCUUUGAAGUGUUAAAACACGAUUCCUGUACCACUAGUUAUAUGGGAGACAGCCGAAGCAUGUUGGAAUGGAUUUAUCACCCUCAUUUUUGGGUAAGCCGUAUCCAGAAGACAAAUUUGCAGCAUCUUGUAGCGUAGCCUAAUUUCUGACAGAACUCUUUGUACAUACAAUAAAAGCAUUAUGUUUCAUA